AACAUCUUUCUCUGGGGUGACUUCGAUCAGCCAUUACCUGGUAUGCCUCCUGGUGGCACUCAUCUGCGCAUCAUGAAGGUUUCGGGAAUGGACAAAGCUGGGCAUCCUCCUCCAUACGACGAGUCUGUAUCGCAACCGCCGCUUUACCCUGCGCUGAAUCCUUCUUACCCCAAACCUGGUGGUGCUGCUCCGCCGUAUCCUGCUUACAAUCCGGCUCAGACCAAUCCAGGGUAUGGAGCACCACAAAAUCCCGGCUAUGGAGCUCCACAGCCAGGGUAUGGAACCCCUACUCCCGGUUAUGGAGCACCCCAGAAUCCAGGUUACGGAGCACCGUCACAGCCUUCACAACCAUAUCCUUACGGUGGUGGCGGCGGAAGUGCUUAUGGCGGUGGUUAUGGCGACGAGAGUCACGGCACCGAAGGAUUCCAGCAGUUUCCCGCUGGACCGAAUCAAACUGCUUAUUAUCCUCCACCGAAAUCGAAGAAAGACUGCUGCAUUCAGUAA